GAAAAUAAGCGUAUCUCAAUACGAACUUUUCAGGACGAUUCCGACAGCGCAACGUUCACUGGACACCUGUUGCAGCCCUCUUAUGGCAUGGGAUGGAGAGGAUACGUGUUGCCAAUGUACAACGGGGAAAAAAGAUCGAUGACAGAAAAAAUGAAGAGUCUCAAGGGCCGAUACAGUGGUCAAAUUCGUGAUAUCCUAUUUGGAAAGUGA